AUGGCUACUAUUAGACCUUUUAAGUUAUUCGAUUUAUUAGAAUACAACAAUAUUAAUCUUGAUAUUCUAACUGAAACUUUUAAUACAUUAUUUUAUGGCAAAUAUAUUGCUAAAUGGCCCGAAUAUUGCAUCACAUAAGUAAAUUGCACAGGAAGAUUUUAAUCUUAUCUUUUAGGAAAAGUUGAAGGUGACAAAGGUGAUAACAAUAAAAAAAACUGGCAUGGUCACGUUACUGCUAUAACAGUUGCCCCAGACUCUAGAAGAUAAGGAAUAGCAAGAUUUUUGAUGGACUACCUUGAAUAAGUCACAGAAAAACAUGAUGGUUGGUUUGUAGAUUUGUUUGUAAGACCAUCAAAUAAAAUAGCAGUAGGAAUGUACAGAGCCCUAGGGUAUGAUGUAUAUUAAACUGUAAACAAGUAUUAUAGUUCAUAGCAUGGUAAAUCAGAGGAUGCAUAUGACAUGAGAAAAAGUAUGAAAAAAGAUGUUGACAAAGUAACGAUGAAACCAACUGGCAAAAGAAUAUAACCUGAGGAUUUAGAAUUCCAUUGA